CAAUCAGAUGCCUUAUUUCUGUCCUCCAACAACCUGUUAAAAUGUAACUGUUUGAAAAUGGCCAGCGAACACACCGUGAAAAUAUUGUGGAUUUGUGCUGCCAUUUAAAUAGAACGCCUGCUGUUUUUGGUUGUACCACAAAGCGUCAUGACCAGCAGCUGAUAAAUCAUUCAACGAAGGACGAGGCUCUGCCAUGGCAGCAGGUGUCAUUCUGCUAAGUGACGUGCCCUAUUCCAACUCAAACAGCAGCAGUGCAUGGGACAGUGUAGAGCACACCUCUGACAUGGAGCCAGAUUUCAGACACAGUGUCAGGGUCCCCACAGCAAAGUACACCAAGGUGGGAGAGACCCUAAGGCAUGUAAUCCCAGGCCAUAUGCAGUGCUCCAUGGCAUGUGGAGGACGAGCUUGCAAGUAUGAAAACCCAUCACGCUGGAGUGAUGAGGAACAGGCCAUCAAGGGACUUUACUCCUCAUGGGUCACAGACAACUUAUUAGCCAUGGCAAGGCCUUCCACUGAGAUUAUUGAAAAAUACAACAUCAUCGACCAGUUCUUAGGAUGCAGACUAAAGACCAUAAUUAACCUGCAGCGCCCAGGAGAGCAUGCCAGCUGUGGCUACCCCUUGGAGCCAGAGAGUGGGUUCACAUACCGCCCAGAGGUCUUCAUGGAGGCAGGGAUCUAUUUCUACAAUUUUGGAUGGAAAGACUAUGGAGUAGCCUCUCUUACAACAAUCCUAGACAUGGUGAAAGUCAUGUCUUUUGCUGUGCAGGAGGGAAAGAUGGCCAUUCACUGUCAUGCUGGACUUGGAAGAACAGGGGUUCUCUUGGCCUGCUAUUUAGUGUUCACAUCACGGAUGAGUGCAGACCAAGCCAUAUUGUUUGUGCGGGCAAAGCGUCCAAGCUCAAUACAGACACGAGGACAGUUACUGUGUGUGCGUGAGUUUGCACGCUUUGUAGCACCGCUGCACUGUGUGUUCUCGAGUGUCGAACCACGAUCACAUGCUGUCACACUGUCGCAGUACCUGACACGUCAGCGACACCUGCUGCAUGGCUAUGAGGCUCGCCACAUGAAGCAUGUGCCAAAGAUAGUUUACAUGGUCUGCAAGCUCCUGCUAGACAUUGCUGAGAACAAACACACAGCAGAGGAAAAAUGCCUGUCUCAGAUUGCUGACCUGACAGCUGAGGUAGAGAAGACUAUAUCACAACAGGCCUUGCAGCAGCUAGGCAAGGAGAUGAGGGGAAAGGGCAUUCUUUUGACUUCACCCCACUCCUUGCAAUCCUCCACUCCUCCUCCUGAGAAGGUUGAUAAUUUAAAUGAUCUUAAUAAAGCUCAGAUAUUCCGUAGCUUCAGCGACACUGCUCUGCACACUCUGGGCUCUAGGUCUAAGAGGUUUGGAUGGCAUGAACACUGUGUAUUUCAGAACAGGUUAGCAGAAUCUCCAGAUGUUCAGGUCUCCAGACCUCUGUUGAGUCCUGAAAACUGUAUCACUUCUAAACCUGACUAUCUAGCUUCACCCCCAGCCUCCCUUGACGAACCGAAGAGAGAGGUGGAACACGUGCCUCCCUCACUAGUUUGCAGGAAGCGGGUACCAUUGAGAGAGACAAAGCGAAGCAGGUCUCUGGGGUUUUCGAGGAGCAGUGCAGUCAUAAUGCCCAGGUUGCUGAUAGAAGAAAGGUUAAACCAGGGUAAUAAAAAGCAAGACACUUGUACAGGAGCCAGCGAAGCAGGAAAUGUUCCUUUUCUUUUGCUCCAGACUGAGCUUUCUCCAGAGGUUCGUCAUGUUCUUGUAGCUAGGGCUCUCAUGAUGGAUUUUGAAGAGGAGAAUCUACGGAAUGCUAUUUCAAUGUGGCAGACAGAGUUAAACUGCAGAGAAGGUGCUUGGGAGAGGUUGUGCAUAGAGCGUGAUCCACUGCUGCUCUCUGCUCUCAUGUGGUCAUGGUUGGAGCAGCUGAAGGAGCCAAUCAUCACCAAAAAGGAUGUGGAAGCAUUACAUCAUAACAGCCACAAUCCUUUGCAAGCCCUCAGCAUCAUGGACAAGGGCCACAAACAAACUCUUCUGUGUAUCCUGGACUGUGCUGCACAUUUAAUGAAACUGCCAGACGAAGUUGAAAUGGCUGUUCUUCAUCGUACAAUCAAAGCAUUCACUAGGGUUACCUAUGAUUCACAGAAUGGACAGCUGACCUAUAAAGUCCUUUUGGAAAUUCUAGUACCACUUUUAAGUGAUAUGAGAAAAGCAAUACAGUAGAUGUUAUCCAGAGUUGAGUGUGUGGUUAUCCAUAAAUCACCCUGAUCAUUGUGGCUAGAUAUAUACUGCACUAAUAUUUUUUUAAACAAUUAUGUUGUGUUUGUGUCAGCAAGCUUGGUGUUCUUAAAUAGUGUAUUGUUGUCAUUCUUAUUCUUUAAAUUCAUGUAAGGUAAUGUCUCAUAAUGCACACAUAAAAUUGGGUGAUUAGUCCAAGUAAAGAGUAAGAUUAGUAAAAAAAUACUGCCAUAUAUGUGUGCCACAUGUAUAUUGUUCUUUAAGUUGUUGUUACUCACUUUGAGCAUUUUGAUGUUAAUUAUUUAUCUAACUAACAGCAUAAUUUAUUAAGAAAUAUCUACUUGUUUAGGUAUGAAUUUUGCAAAGAUUGCAAGAUUGCAAAAAUUUUCACAUCACAAUACUCACAAUAGAGUUUGCUAAAUGUUUUUUAAAUGUACCUCCACUUUUUAACAUAAAAACCAAAUACAUUGACUGUGCAACAUAUUUUCUUACAUAUUUGUAUGAUAAGUAUACUAAAGCAAUUUUGUUAAGACAAAAAUAGGAAAACAAUGACCAUUUUAAGGUUUGCUCUGUUAGGUGUGAUAACAUUUGCAAACAUAUACUGUUUAUUCAUGCAAUUCCAGUUAACACUUUAAGGCCAAAGGUAGUUGCACACUUGAUCAUCACACAUGUGGGUUUGUUGGACAUUUCAAAACCAUGGCCCCUUCAGUUGCAACUAUAUCAUCCUUCACUGUGGGAAGUCUUUUAAAACAUGUCUUUAUGGACCUUAAUUUGUGCACAAAAAUUGGGGUCUUUCCCAUACUGUUGACAAAGUUGGAAGCAUACAGUUGUCUAAAAUAUCUUUGCAUGCUGUGGCAUUAACUUUACCCUUUAUUAUAACUGAUUGCCCAAGCCCAAACCCUAAAGAACAGCCCCAGAUAAUCAUCCUUUCUCUACCAAAAUACUGUUGACACUUAUGCAUUCUUAUCAGUCAUGAUCACUCCAGAGAACACAUGUUCAAUACUCUAGAUACCAGUGUGCAUUUUCGCCACUCAAGUCGAGCUUUGGCAUUGCAUAUAGUGAGCUUAGGUUUGUGUGCAUGGUCAUGGCCAUGAUUCCAUUCACAUUUCAUGUAAGUUUCCAAUGCACAGUUCUCCUGCUUUUUUCAGAGGCAACUCUGAAAAACUCUGUAUGGAGUGAAACAAAUUUCGCAUUUACUUCAUGGCUGGGCUGUUAUUUCCCAUUGACACGUAUAAUUCACAAUAAUAUCACUCACAAUUGACCUGGGAAUAUCUAGGAAAGCAGAAAGUUCAGGGAGUGAUUUGUAGCAAAGGUCGCAAAUCAGUUCCUGAAAUUUCUGCCAAGGGCCAUGUGUAAAUUCAUUGAGCUAUUCAUUACAACCAAUUCUACUGUCAGUGUUUGUCUACUGAGAUUGAGAUUACAUGACUAUGUCCUUGAAUUUAUCCACCUAAAGUCUACAAUUGAGAGGGGUGUCCACAUACAUUUGGCCAUCUAGUAUAUAUGUUUCAGCAUUGCCUUCACAACACAAAUGAAAUCUAACAUGGUUUUUUAAAAUGUUUGUAUGUUAGAGAACUGCCCCUCCUAUGACCAAGCUUUUGCAGAAUGUUCUCUGCCUCAUUUUAAUGGCAUUACCUUCUACUACUGUAAGCUGCUGUUUUUUUAAAUAGUCAACACUGUUGACAAUAAGCACUGUAGCUAACUAGACUUUAAACAUCAACCUCAUUAUUUUACUGACUGUAUGUAAACAUUUACGUGAAUAUUAACCUGAACUAGUGGGAAAUUACAAAAAGCAUCUGAUUUCAGAUUUAAUGAAAAUUUUAAGGCACUUACUGUUCCUAUCUACAUGCCAAUGAAAUAAACUUAAAAACUUA